AUGGCUUUGGAAAGUAACAACUGCAGGCAGUGGUUCAGGAAAGAAAAGGCAGGGCAGGAUCUGGAGAGACUUGUCGCUGGCUGGCAAGCUGUGCUGUCAGCGCUGCCUUGGCUCUGAUGUGCCAUUCCCCCAGGGUGUUGGGGAGGGGAAGUGGAGCCUGGAUUCAAAUGCCUAUUGUCUGUCCUUCAGCUGGGAGCAGAGCCAGAGAGAGAGGGAGAGAGGCUCUGGCAGCAUCUGGUACAGGGGGCAGAUGUUAGGGGAAGCACUGAGCCGUGGAGCGCCGGCGUUCCAGAGGAGCCUCAAAGGUUAAGUGCCCGUGUGUUGGAUUGUGUACAUGAAGGCAAGAGAGGAAUCCUGGCCUCCUGGGAUUCCUGCUGGGCUUGGGGAAGCUUUUGGAAGGCAGCUCCUGCCGCUGGGACAAGUCCCUCUGCAGCAUCUGUGGCUUGCCCAGGCUGCAGACUCUUGGCUGUGGAGCUGACAUCCAGCAACACCAAACCCGUGGUGCAGGAAUUCCAGAGUGUUGAGCUGUCCUGCAUCAUUAAAUCCACUGUAACACCAGACCCCAGGAUUGAGUGGAAGAAGAUCCAAGAUGGAGAAACCUCUUACGUGUUCUUUGACAAUAAAAUGCAGGGAGACUUUGCAACUCGUGCAGAAAUCCUGAGCAGGACCUCCCUGGUGAUUAAGAACACCACCAGGAUGGACACCGCCACGUACCGCUGCGAGGUGGCUGCGCCUGCCGACACCAAAACCAUCGAUGAGAUAAACAUCCAGCUGACAGUCCAAGUGAAGCCAAUGACUCCCAGAUGCACUGUGCCUAAAGCUGUACCUGUUGGCAAGACAGCCUCUCUCCACUGCCACGAGAGUGAAGGAUACCCCAAGUCCACUUACAGCUGGUACCGCAACAGCGAACCUCUGUCACCGGACACCAAAUCCAAACACCACAACUCCUCCUACACCUUGAACCCCACCACAGGCACUCUGGUGUUCCAUGCUGUGCACAAGGGGGACACAGGUCGGUACUCCUGCAUAGCCACCAACGAUGCUGGCUUUGCCAAGUGUGAGGAGCAGGAGAUGGAAGUCUAUGACCUCAAUAUUGGUGGGAUAAUUGGUGGAGUCCUGGUGGUCCUGGCAGUUUUGGUGCUCAUCACCCUUGGGAUCUGCUGUGCCUACAGGAGGGGUUACUUUGCAAACAGCAAAGAGAGUGGGGAAAGCUACAAGCCUCCAGGAAAGCCUGAUGGUGUUAACUACAUCCGGACAGAUGAUGAGGGUGACUUCAGACACAAGUCUUCGUUCGUCAUCUAAGACUCCCAACAGAAUACUGCAAACCAGCAACAGCAAGUGUGAAAAUACCUCCUCCAGGAACUCAAAGCAAGAGCAAAGGCUGAAUUAAGUGCGCUUGGAAGAGUUUGGGCCACACCAGAACUCCAUAGCUGUCUGUAUCUCUCUCUUGUUUUUCUUUGCCAAAGUUUCAAGUAACUCCUCACUGCCCAACCUGCGUCUCCCCCGCCUCUGGAGGCACCACCAGGAUCACCUAAACCCUCUCCUUGGACUCAAGAAGCAUUUUAAUCCUUUCCCAAGAGGCUGGGCUGGGGAAGUUUGUGGAUUUGCCUUCUACUUUGUGCUGCAGGGACACAGCCACGAGGUGCAAAGCAAGCAGGGGACCAGCGUUAGGUAAAAGGUGGAGCAGCCAGGAGCGGGAGAUGUUACUCCAGUAGAGAGAAACCCAAAGGUGCUGAUAGAGCAAUAGCUGGACUGCAAAGACUGAGACUGAGCUGUGC